AUGCGCUGGCUUGGUGCCUUCUGCAUAACCAGCGCCACAGCCAAAGCUUGCAGAGGACAUGUCAAGAAAUUUGUUGGGUCCUUGAAUAAGGAGAUGCCUUGUAGUAAAGCUGUUUUAACCCGCUUAAAUCGAAGAAAUAAGACGCCACCUAGCAUAAAUGCCCUCAGUGUUAAAAUAAUUCUGCUAAGAACAUCGUAA